AUGUUCCGUGAGAUCAUGAAACUGUACAGAAAGAUUCCACAGAGAACAACGGCACGCCGAUGGCUGCUGCUGCUACACCUACAGCCACAGCUCCACCCAGACCCGUGGCGGCUGCGGCUGCAGCUGCAGCUGCUGCUGCUGCUGCUGCUGCUUCAGCGGCGGGCCCACCCGCCUCCGGUGGCCCGCCGGCCCGCCCCGGACCCCCCCCACGACCCGGCCACCGACCAGCCUGUCCUGGAUGAUGGCUUCCUGCUGGACCUGGAUCCCAUGUCCUCCUCAGCAGCAGGGGGCGCUGCGGCUGGCUCCUCUACUACAGCCUGGGGAGCCCCGCCCACUCCGGCCACCCUGCCCCCGCCAGCCUCUGCCACCUCUGACAUGGACCUGUUUGGAGACCCCUUCGCCACGACCGAGGGCAGUGCCAGCAUGGCCCCAGAGAUGGACCUGUUCGCCAUGAGGCCUUCGGACCCCCCGUCCGCGGAGACCCCCGCCACGCCCACCGCCGUCGCCACCGUGGUCGUCACCCCCGCCCCCAAUGACUUCAGCGGUCCCAGCGACGCAGCACCCAGCUCAGCACCCACUGGCCCUGUGGAAGCCGUGGACCUGCUGGGAGCUGCCCCGGCCCUGACCCUAGCCCCGGCCCUGGCUCCGGCCCUGGCCCCCCUCCAGAACGACCUCCUGGAGUCUGGUUUUGAGGCCCUGGGCUCCUUGCCUUCCCCCACGCCCCCGAUGCCAGCUUCAGUUCCCGUGGUCCCCAUCAUGGUACCUGCAGCUACCAUGGAGCCCACGAUGGCUCCAGCGCCCUCUGGUGGCUUUGAUGCUUCGAUGUUUGGUGGAAUAGGUGACCUGCUGAUGCCCGCCAUAACACCCCAGAGCACCGGGGGCAGCACCGGGGGUGGGAGCGUGUCAGGCAGCCUCGGGACCCCCGUCUCGGGCAUGGGUAUGGGCAUGGGCAUGGGCAUGGGCAUGGGCAUGUCGGCGGCCCCCCCACCGACGCCUCCACCUACUAAAACCAUCGUAGGGGACCUGGACUCGUCCCUGGCCAACCUUGUGGGAGACCUCGGAAUGAAGAAAAGUGAGAAGAAACUCACAGGAGGGGCCAACUGGACCCCCAAGGUCGCCCCUUCCAGCUGGGGUACACCUGCAGCCCCGUUGGCCGGUGCCACCUCUGCAGCGCCCCCUGCUGGAGCCAUGGGACCACCGCUUGGCUCACAGCCUGGUUAUGGCAUGCCCAUGAUGGGUCAGACGAUGAUGGGCCAGCCCAUGAUGAGACCACCCUUCACUGGCAUGGCCUCGGCACCAGGGGCUCCGAUACCAGAGACCCCCCCCAACAUCCCCUUUAGCUUCUUAAAAACCCUUUUCUUCAUCCCCGGCCCGGUAUCCCCCUGA